AAAAAUAUGGCUACUUGUGGAAAUUGGAACAUACUAAGAUUGUUAGGAAAAGGAGGAUUUGGAGAAGUCUUCCUUGCUCAGCAUAAAACCGAAGGAAACAAAGCAGCACUUAAAUUAAUUCCAAGAAAUGAAGAUGAGUACUCAGAGGAAUCUGCUGCUCAUGAAGUUAACAUUAUGAAGUGCCUAAAUCACUCUAACGUUAUCAACCUUAUUGAAUAUGAUGAUAAAGCUUACUAUAUUCGUCCAAAUGGUAAUUCAAAACCAGUGUACUCCCUAGCAAUGGAGGUAGCAUCUGGAGGAGAACUUUUUGAUUUCAUAGCAGAGACAGGAUAUUUCUCAGAAAAUGUAGCAAGAUACUAUUUCCAUCAGAUGUGUGAUGCUCUCGAGCACAUGCAUAAUAACGGCAUAAGUCAUCGGGAUCUGAAGCCGGAGAAUAUUCUCCUUGACAAAGACUUUAAUAUAAAAAUAGCUGAUUUUGGAUUAGCCUCUUUAAAAAAUCAGAAUGAUUCUUUCAAAGGUAGCGGAAAUUACAUGGCGCCAGAGAUUCUUCUAAGUCAAAAAUAUUCAGGAAAAUGUGUUGAUUUAUUUGCAUUAGGUGUAAUCUUAUUUGUCAUGGUUUCAAAAACACCGCCUUUCAGAAAGGCUUCUCAUAAGGAUAAACAAUACAUCCUUAUUGGAGGCAACAGGCCCAAUAAGUUUUGGAAGCAUCAUUCUAAGAACAGACCUAAUGGUUUAGAAUUCUUUAGUGCUGACUUCAGAGAGCUGGUAACUUUGUUAAUAAGCUUCAAUGCGAUGGAGAGGCCUUCACUUGCUGAAGUAAAGCAAACAGCUUGGUACAAUGGGUCUGUUCCCACUCAUGAUGAAAUCAAAGAAGAAUUUCUGAAGAGAAAAAGUGAGCUAGAAGAAAGCCUAAACCAACAAAGUAUGGAUAUACCGGAAGAGCAAGCCUCCCAAAGAAUAUUUGCUGGAAGAUCUGUACAUAGAGGAGUUGGCUCAGAUAAUGAGGAUGAAGAAGAGAAAGUAGGAGAAGUAAAUGAAAGAGUGUGCCAAAAAUAUAUACCUGAAUUUAAAAGGUUUACUCAAUUUUUCUCGACAUCAGACCCAGAAUCUCUUUUCCAUACUCUUGCUUUAUUUGCUGACGAAGUAGCCUCUGAAUAUAAAUUCGCUAAGGAAGAGUAUUCAUGAGCAUUUACGAUAUGCAAGAGUGAAGGGGAAGAAGAUGAAGAAGAAGACCUGGUCACCAUUACUACCAACAUUUUAGAUGCAGGAAAUGAAACAUAUUGUGUAGAGGUAGUAAAAGAUAAAGGAUCAAGGUUUGCUUUCAGUGAAAUCUUUGGAGAGAUGAAGGAAUACUUCGGAGGCCACUUAAAUGCAACAGAACCAACAGAAGAUUAGAAAUACCCAGAUGUUCAUAUUUAUUUCAAAAGUUA